AUGUGUUGGCUGAAAGAAGAAGUGACUUCCACAUUUACAGUGAAGCAGUCACUCCUUCCUGUUUUGUUUGUUUUGUUUUCUUUCCUUUUUCACCACUUUCUUCUUGGAAAGAUGCAGACACAGCCUUUCCUUCUCCUCUCAACCUUCCUUCUCUUUUGGGAAGAUGCAGACACUAAAUACGCCUCCGUGGUACAAGCCUUACCAGCAUCAAUCGUUGAAGAAGUGGAAGACAUCCUUCUCAAUACACCGGACCAACUCCCAUACACCUGCCUCAAAGAAGCCAUCCUGAAACGAACUGGACGUUCGGACGAAGACCUCAUCAGAGACUUAUUCUCUAAUGUGUCUCUCGGCGAUAGGACACCAUCCCAGCUCCUCCGCCUGAUGAAGAGCCGCCUCGGGAACAACACCAUGGCAGAACCCAUCCUCCGAGGGCUAUGGAUGGAUCGCGAAGCCCAGCACCACGCACGCGAAAUCGAAGCCGUACCCGCAGCUCAAGUCCAGGACGGAGAAACAGUGUGGACGAAUGUUGGUACCACAAAACCUUCGGUGACCGAGCCCGCAAGUGCCACCCUCCCUGCAGACCAAAUAAGGCCCAGGGAAACGAAUAGACCGACAGGCAGCGACGACGAUCCCUGUCGGUACUCGCUCACACAGUCGUCUCUUCUACUUGACACUGGCGCAGCCAUCAGCGUAAUACCACCAACCAAUAGAUCCGCCUUGAAACCCACCCCAUUCCAACUUCGAGCGGCAAACGGAUCCACCAUAGAAACCUAUGGGAACAAGGAACUUACCUUGAACAUCAACCUCGGGCGCGACUUCAAGUGGUCAUUCACCGUAGCUGACGUCAGGAUACUCUUGCUCGGUGCCGACUUCUUGGCACAUUACAACCUGGCUGUCCAUAUGAAGACGAGGACCCUGUCCGACAACAUGACAACCAUCAAGAUCACAGGGAUCCCAUCGAGCUUCAACACAACUAGGAUCAGCGUGGCAACACAGCACGACCCCCACUACGUAGAAAUCCUGCGCCGGUACAAGCACCUCACGCAACCCAUCAAACCAACUGAUGCAGGCGACCAUCAGACCCAACACCAUAUAAAGACCACCGGACAACCAGCAUAUUCACGGCCACGACGACUCCCUCCACACAAAUUAGCAUAUGCCAAGAAAGCGGCUAACUUCCGAAAGUCAUUCGAUCACCACUCUUCGAGGCUCCACUCACUUCACUCUUCGCUACUGCCUUCCCUCUGUGACCCCAGCUCACUCCUGCAGCAUCCACCUCACUCCUGCAGCUUCCAGCACUCCUGCAGCUUCCAGCACUCCUGCAGCUUCCAGCUCUCUCCUGCAGCUUCCAGCACUCCUGCAACUUCCAGCACUCCCGCAGCUUCCAGCUCACUCCUGCAGCUUCCAGCUCACUCCUGCAGCAUCCAGCUCACCCAACAGCUUCCAGCGGCCUCCAGCUCACCCCUGCGGCGCUCUACUGACGUCCCGCUACCUAUUCCAGCACCCGCUGACGACCUAAUCCAGUGCCCACUGACGUCCAGCGCCCGUUAUCGUCCGGACACCGUUCUCGAACAAACGACCUCUGUCGUCUUACCAUCUACCUUGUACGGUCGAUUGGCACUCACACCUCUCGGCCCGCUGCAACAAGCUAAAAGUUUAGAGAGAGAACGUUUGAACAAAGAUUUUACAUUCCGGGGACAUGGUGAUAGUGUUGAUCAAUUGUGCUGGCACCCAAGCAAUCCUGAUCACUUAGUCACAGCCAGUGGAGAUAAAACUGUCAGAAUAUGGGAUGCUCGCAUCAACAAAUCUGUGGCAACAGUCAAUACCAGAGGUGAAAACAUCAACAUAUGUUGGUCUCCAGAUGGAAGCACCAUUGCAGUUGGCAACAAAGAAGACCUUGUUACUUUCAUAGAUGCAAGGACACAUAGGUCUCGAGCUGAGGAGCAGUUCAAAUUUGAAGUCAAUGAGAUUUCAUGGAAUAACCAAGGGGAUCUUUUUUUUCUGACCAGUGGGCAAGGAAGUAUACAUAUUUUGAGUUAUCCAGAUUUGAAAUUGCAAUACGUCUUGAAUGCUCACCCUGCCAACUGCAUCUGCAUUGAAUUUGACCCCACAGGAACUUAUUUUGCCACUGGCAGUGCUGAUGCUCUGGUUAGUUUAUGGGAUGUUGAUCAACUUGUUUGUGUGAGAACAUUUGCUAGGCUCGACUGGCCAGUGCGGACCUUGAGUUUCAGUUUUGAUGGUAAAAUGUUGGCAACUGCCUCUGAAGAUCUUGUCAUUGAUAUUGCAGAAGUUGAAACUGGUCAAAAAGUGACAGAAAUUCCUUGUGAAACUCCAACAUUUACUGUAGCAUGGCAUCCGAAACGGUACCUUCUGGCAUUUGCUUGUGAUGACAAACAUGAGAGAGGUGACCGUGACUCUGGUGUAGUCAAAGUCUAUGGCUUCCCAAAUGACUCUUGA